AUGGCGAUAUUACAAUUUCUUCACGAGGCUGGCUGGGUGCACCGCAAUCUCAGCACCAGCAACAUAUUCGUCUCAAACGGUCAGGUUAAACUGGCUGACUUCGAGUAUGCGAAGCGGUUAGAUGAUCAGGCUGAUGCUCAUGAGAUUCGAACUGGUACUGCUAACUUCAUAUCCGUUGAAGUGGAUCGGCAAGAAUAUUUCUUCGCGUCCACUAGUGGCAUUUCCACGAUGGAGUUGGCCGCAAGGCUCCAAGCAGAAGAUAAUGCUUUACAGACACUACAGCAAGAGCUUCUUCAAUCAGAUGUUGUAUUCCGUUACAAUCCCAUGCACGAUUUUGAAUCGCUAUGGUGGAUCUCAGUUCACAUUCUGUUCAACAAGAGGGUUGAUACGGUCAACGGAAAGAUUCCUCCACUCCACAAUCAUCAGAAGCAGCAAUUGUGGGCAGCAAGCGUCUUUUAUGGAUUGGCUUCCCGACAAUCUGCCCUGAGUGCUGGUAAUACCAACUUCCGAUCUGCUAUCAAAACUCUAUGCCCGGACCUGCAUAGGUUUGGCAUAAUGGUCAACGCGCUUAGGGGUGAGCUUUUGAAGCGUUACAUGGACAUCGAAGCGGAUAUAUCGAACCUACAUCGUCAUACAACAGCAGGUGAAAUACCGCGACAAUUCAUCAUGGGCUUUGACUUCAACGUGUCUGCCGAAGCUGUAGUGUUACCUGCGCUUCCGGAAGGGCGGCCAGAAACAAUGAAAGGUGGACCGGCGGCAGCUUCCACACGAAUAUCCGAAACAUUUGGUUUCCCAUCCUCUUAG